AUGGAUAGACGGUUGGAGCUAUCAAAUAUAGAAGUUCUUCAAACUCUAGGCACAGGCUCCUUUGGAAGAGUUCGUUUAUGCAGAGUUAGGUCCACAGGCGACUACGCUGCAUUGAAAAUCCUCAAAAAAUCUGAUAUUCUCAAGAUGAAACAAGUAGACCACGUAAUUUCUGAGUUUUCAAUACUGAGGACUAUAAGGCAUCCUUUUCUGGUGAAUUUAAUUGGCUUUACCCAAGAUGAUAGAUAUUUAUACCUUGCUCUAGAGUUUGUUGCAGGAGGAGAACUGUUUAGUUAUUUGAGGACUAUUGGAAAAUUGGAUAAUAACCACGCAAGGCUGUAUGCAGCUCAAAUAACAACGAUGUUUGAGUAUAUGCAUGCACAAAAUAUUAUUUAUAGAGAUUUAAAGCCAGAAAAUUUACUUAUUGGGCAUGAUGGAUAUUUAAAGUUGACAGAUUUUGGAUUUGCGAAGGUAGUUGAAGGAAGAACUUAUACACUGUGUGGGACGCCUGAGUAUUUGGCUCCAGAAAUUCUAUUAAAUAAAGGGCAUGGUAAACCAGUGGAUUGGUGGACUUUGGGAAUUAUUAUUUAUGAAAUGCUUGCUGGAAUAGACCCAUUCACUGACGAAGAGCCGAUGGCCAUUUACCAAAAAAUUUUGAAAGGCAAAGUAAAAUUUCCCAGAAAUUUUGACAAAAAUGCAAAAAGCUUAGUGAAGCAUCUACUUGUAGCUGAUUUAUCAAAGAGAUAUGGAAACUUAAAAAACGGAGUCAAUGAUAUCAAAAAUCAUAGAUGGUUUUCAGGAUUGGACUGACUAAGACUAUUGGCAAAAGGAAUAGAUAUGCCAUAUAGACCAACAGUGAGAUCACCUGAUGAUACUUCAAAUUUUUCACGUUAUCCAGACUCUCCAAAUUUAUCACCUAUUGUAAGAGCUUCAGAUGACCCAUUCUUAGACUGGUAG